AUGAUCCGUUACUCACCAUGCCUGCUGAUAUUUAUGAUCAUUUCCAGUCAAACUGGAUUGAUAGCGCAAAAACCUCGUGUCCCGCUGAAUAUGUGGCUACCGGGUGUGAUGCCUGCAGGAUUGUCUAAGUUGAGCCCUACACAAGCAUCUGUGCAUAAUCGACAUGAUCGCGUGGGGAAACCACUUGUGAUGCAGGAUCUUAGCCUUUCACCCGGACAUUUGGAUAUGGAUGAUGAAUUUUCUGUACCAUACGCAUUAAAUCUAGCCGUUCGAGACCCAGAACUCAACGAAUUCUAUCCGACAGAUGAGAAGGAGGAGCAGAAACGGGAUGAGGAUAUGAGCCAAUCGGAUGAGGCACGCGAUCGAAUUAUUGCCUCUAAGCCACUCUAUUCAUCAACUCCACGACUACUGAGCGGUUAUAAUUAUGGAACUUCAGCGGGCUUGGCCGUGUUCCCCAUCUCGUACAAAACCUAUCAAGCACCAGCUGUGGUCCCACUGGCUGUACCUGUUGUACAACCAUCCCUGACCCCUUUUGUCCAAAUGCCUCAGGUGAGUCACACGCACAGUGUGCCUGCUGUUCAACCAACCCUAACACACAGUCAGCAAACGAUAACAAUCAAUGCCCAACUCCCACAACAACAGCAACAGCAGCAGCAGAAUCAACAACCCCAGCAGCAGCAGCAACAACAACCCACAAGUGGACAAGGCAGAAUGAUCAUCCCACAAUCGAUACAACCGCAAGGGGUGAUUCAGCCGCAACAAGUUGUUCAACCGGUUGUGCCACCUCAACAGGUAUUUCAACCAUCGGAAACGCUUCCCGGACAAGGUCGUUUUCAAUGGCCCACAUCGGUCAAUACUCCAUCACAAACUGUGCUGCAACAACCGGCACAACAAGUUCAAACAAUGCAACAACAACAACAGCAGCAACAGCAACAACACGUUUCCCGAAAGAUCACAAUUACACACAAGACUUUACCACAAAAUAUACAUAUUGUGUUGCCGAAGACUCACGGUUACUAUGGUUACAGAAAGUAUUAA